AUGUAUAAAGCACUCAUCACGAACUACUUAUUGAGAGAACGACGAAGUAAUUAUUCUUUCUCCGCGGGUCUACAGAAAUUUCUGUCCGUAAAUUCACGUCUAUAUGACUUUGAUAUUUUCAACAGCUAUUUGAUUCUUUUACAUACAUCCGCUCAGUUCAUUGUUUUGGUAUCUUAUAUCAUCAUCGAUUCGCAGCUUACAUUCCACUGGAUUUUACAUAUUACUACUGAUAAACUCUUCUUCAAUAACAACUUACCCGCACAUAAAUAA